AUGAUGGAUCUGGAUUCCGGCUCCAUCACCAUCGAUGGCGUCGACGUCUCCACCCUCCCCCACGAAUACGUCCGCCGCAAGCUUGUCGCCGUGCCACAAGAGUCGUACAUCUUUGAUGGGACAGUUCGCUUGAAUAUCGACCCCACCGGGACCGCUACGGGCCCAGAAAUCGAGACAGUCCUUGAGAAAAUAGGGCUGCGGGACAAGAUCGAGGAGCGAGGAGGUCUUGACGUGGCCAUUGACGACAAGUUCUUUUCCCAGGGCGAGGCGCAGUUGCUGGUCCUCGCGAGGGCAAUGCUGAGAAAGGGAAAGGUACUGAUUUUGGACGAGAUCACCAGCAGUCUAAACGAAGAGUCGAGCCGGAUCGUCGACGAGAUAAUCUGGACGUGGUUCCGGAACUGGACCGUCAUCGUCAUUGCACAUAAGCUCGAGUCAAUCCUGGAUUUCGACCGGGUCGCAGUGGUCGAUGCAGGUACGGUGGUCGAGUUCGGCGAGCCCAAGCAGUUAUUGGGACAAGCGUCGGCCUUCAGCAGGCUAUAUGAGCAUUUGUUGUCUGCUUCCGAUGCGAGCUAA